UGUGUGUGUGUGUUUAGUGAUUGGCUCGCCUCUCCAUCUCUGUCAGAAGCCGUGCAGCUAUAGGUUGCUCGUCUCCAUUUUCCUCCAUAAACAUAAACUGACCGCUGUGUUUUUCUUUUGUUACACCUCAAUCCACCGCCUGCAGCCCCGCGGCAACAAAUAACCGCUGCGGUUCGACGCCGAGAGUCGAUUCCACCUGUUUGCGUGAUGGCGCUCUUCUUGCUGAGACGAUGCUGAGCCAUCCGCGCUGAUCUGGUGGAGACGCGUCCGAUCCGCGGCUGCCUGGAAGCCAGGAGGAGAGAGGAGCGAACUCGGAAGGAUCCAAGACGAGGAGGAGGCGAUGCCCGCGUCUUCUCACCUGGACGCCGGGCUGGUGCUCCCGCUGCUGCUUCUGGGUGGCUGGGUGGUCGGCGGAACUGUGCCAGCUGCCCCGGUGAACGUGUCGGUGACCCAAUUAAGAGCCCACUCAGCCAUGGUGACCUGGAAUAUCCCUCAAGGAGACACAGUCAUUGGCUAUGCCAUCUCGCAGCAGAGACAGGACGGCCUGAUGCAGCGCUCCAUCCGGGAGGUGAACACUUCAAGCCACUGGUGUGUGCUUUGGGAUCUGGAUGAGGACACACACUACAGCGUGCAGGUGCAGUCCGUCGGGCCGCACGGCGACAGUCAACCAAGCAGAGCCCUCCACUUCAGGACACUGGAAAGAAGUGACCACUAUCCGGCUGGAGUUUUGGACCACCAUGAGCCGGCCAUGGAGGGUUUGGGUAUGACACCACACCUGCAAACUGGAGAGCUGCUCAUCAUCACGACAGUGCUGCUGCUUUGGGCAGCCGUCAUCGCCCUGUUCUGCCGUCAGUACGAGAUCAUCAAGGACAACGACUCAAACGGGACCAGGGAGAAAACCAAGAGGCCGCUGGUCCAGGCUGCGUCCUCCUACUACAACGCCUCAGCCCCGAGCUCGCCAAUCUACCACAAUGGCGACAUCCACAGCGGAAGGCUGCCGUCGACUCGCCUGAGACACUGCGCGUCAAGACCCAGCCGUGGACACACCCUUCCGACUAUCAGCUUCACAGAGCUUCCUCCUCCAUCAGCAUCAUUCGAGUCUGAGAGAUGGCGUCGGGGUCAGCAGGGUCUAUUUCAGAGUAAAACGUGGACAAAAUAAGCAACACUUCACAUAAAAAAAACAACUUUUCAACCAAUAAUACCUGGCCGUCCCGGAGAGAAGAGCAACUGCUGCCAUCUUGUGGCAAAAGACUUCAAUGUUUAGACCUGUGCUGAACAAAAUGGACGCGGCAGAGGUUUUGCUUUUCCCGCCGGUUGACGUCACUCUCACUUCCUGUUUCCGGUUAUACUUUCCCGCUCGUGAACAUCACCGGCUUCUGACUGCGCAGACGCGAAAGUAAGUUCGUUUCCACCAUUUCUUCUGUCAAUACACUUCCAUACAUAGACGUCUUGUAAGGAGACGCAGCAUUGGCUGCUGCGACGCGAGAAAUUGGGCCGCCAUCUUGAAGUGGUGAUGAGGAGCCGCGGAGCAGCCUCAACGGACAGUUGGCAGGUAGAAAACAAAGAUGUCGGGCUGGUGUUCAGCGUUUUUCUGCUCAAAUGUUGAAAAUAGGAAUCGGGGGAUUGCUUUUCACAAGUAAGAUCUAGCAUUAAUGUAGUAUUGGUUGUGUUUUUGUGAAAAUAAUAUCACCACAGAGUUGAGAAGGAGCAAAGAUCUUCUAACUUUAUAUUUGAUUAUUAACACAAUUACCAAAUAUGUUGUCUGUAAGAAGGUGAAUUGUGUUCAAAUGCCCCGAAUUUCCCCUGAAUGGUUUGAAAAUGUAACAUUGGGUUCCACAAUGUAAAGCGCUUUGAGUCACUAGAGAAAAGCGCUAUAUAAAUAUAAUUCACUUCACUUCACUACAAUAGUACUGAAAUUGUAGCCGCUAGAAAACAAGAGUAUGACCCUAAGGGCGUCCAAACUUUUUCCACAGAGGGCCGCACACGGAAAAAAUUAAGCAUGCAGGGGCCUUUUUUAUAUUUUUCAUUUUCAAACCAUAACAAAAUAUAUAUAUGGAUUUUUUUUAACCCUUAGGGCUCCUGGGGAGCAUAGAGGGUCUCAGUCUCUAAAAUGUUAAAAAUAAGUCAAAUUAUUAUUGUUAUUGUUUAUUUAAUGCUUACAGUAAAUAUCUAUAUCAACUUGUGGUUCAUAUAAAGUAAAAAAAAAAAGUUUUCAUGCCUUUUGUGUCAAACACAGCUUUGUUUUUUUAUAUUAAAACUGAAAUAUGCAGUACUUAGAUGGAUAGAUAGAUAGUACUUCAGGAGAGUUCCUUUAUUUAGCAAUUAAAGCCCUCAAAGAUCAAUAAUGCAGGACACCAUUGAUUUUAAUUAUUUAAUAUUUUUGAGUAAUCACAGUGAAAAGUUAAAUAAAAUCCUACUAAAUAUAUUUAGUUAGAAAGGUUCCCCACUCAUAAAGUGAUGCAUUUUUAUUACUUGUUUUUUUUUUUUUUUUACUUUUAACACUUAAAUUUCAAGAUCAACUUCCGAUAUAUCUGUUGAUUUUAAGUUUGAACUAUUAUUUUGUUUGUUUUAUGCGCUUUUGUCAAAACUUUGAUGGUAUUGUAUGGCAGGGGUAGGGAACCUAUGGCUCUAGAGCCAGAUGUGGCUCUUUUGAUGACUGCACCUAGCUCUCGGAUACAUCUUAGCUGACAUUGCUUAACACGAUAAUGAUAAUGAAUAAUUCCGCUGGAAAUCACAGUGUCAAAAAUCAAUCAAUCAAUCAAUCAAUGUUUAUUUUAUAGCCCUAAAUCACAAAUGUCUCAAAGGACUGUACAAACCACUACGACUACGACAUCCUCGGAAGAACCCACAUAAGGGCAAGGAAAACUCACACCCAGUGGGACGCCAGUGACAAUGCUGACUAUGAGAAACCUUGGAUAGGACCUCAAAUGUGGGCAACCCCCGCCCCCCUAGGGGACCGAAAGCAAUGGAUGUCGAGCGGGUCUAACAUGAUACUGUGAAAGGUCAAUCCAUAGUGGCUCCAACACAGCCGCGAGAGUUCAGUUCAAAGUGGAUCCAAGACAGCAGCAAGAGUCCCGUCCACAGGAAACCAUCCCAAGUGGAGGCGGAUCAGCAGCGUAGAGAUGUAUAUAUGUAUAUAUAUAUAAAAAUAACGUUCAAAAUACAAAACGUUCUCAUGCAUUUUCAUCCAUCCAUCCGGUUUCUACCGCACUUGUUCAAGAAGUCGGAUUAAUGGUAAGGAGUAUUUUAUUUAUUUUUUGGUUAGCCUCAGAAUAACAAUGUUACUAAAAAGAAUAAGAGACUUAUAAUACUCUAAAAAUGUUGGUCUUUCUUAAAAAUGCACGCGUUUAGUUGAAUUCACUGUUAAAAAAAAUAAAUAUUUGGCUCUCACGGAAAUACUUUUAAAAAUAUUUGGCUUGUAUGACUCUCUCAGCCAAAAAGGUUCCCGACCCCUGUUGUAUGGCAACCACACAACAUACGCUAUAUUUUUUUUUCACAUAAAACAUUUUUAAGUGAUAAUUUUUAAGUAAUAAUUUAUUAUAACAUAGAUUUUUUGUUGCCUUUUUUUUUUUGGGAGGAAUGGAAAGAAAAGAAAAUAUAGACAAAAGGAAAAAAAACUGCCUGCAUGGCAGCUUUGUGUCAACAUUGCCACUAAUUUCUCAUUAGAUUUCACCUCAUUCCAAUUUUUUUUUAAAUGUUUUUUUUAAUUUUUGCAAUGCUAUCAAUUUUGCCAUUUUUGCAGAAUGUGUGGCGGGCCGGUAAACGAUUAGCUGCGGGCCACAAAUGGCCCCCCGGGCCGCACUUUUGACACCCCUGGUAUGACCAUAAUAGAAUUGCUUGUCAAUGAAAUUAAUUACAUUUAAAAAUGUCAUACUUGUCAUUCUCUGCAAACUUAUGGUGGCAUCAUGCCUUCAGUUUGCAUAUUGGUUAUAGUUCUCUGCAAACCUAUGAACUGUUCCAUUUUGUCUUCAUUAUUUUUCUCAGAAUGCACCAGAAUGCUUCAUUUGUAUGUGAAAAUCACAAAGAAAUCUUCUGGGGGAGGAUGACCCCCAUACAGGGGUUUGGUUUACAAACUUUCAGCCCCUCCUAAAACAAAAUUCACCAGCCGCCACUGAUUAUGAUGCAUUCUCAUUUUAGGCAAAGUAUGAGAAAAUACUUUCUUAACCAUCAAUCAAUCAAUCAAUGUUUAUUUAUAUAGCCCCAAAUCACAAAUGUCUCAAAGGACUGCACAAAUCAUUACGACUACAACAUCCUCGGAAGAACCCACAAAAGGGCAAGGAAAACUCCCACCCAGUGGGCAGGGAGAAUUCACAUCCAGUGGGACGCCAGUGACAAUGCUGACUAUGAGAAACCUUGGAGAGGACCUCAGAUGUGGGCAACCCCCCCCCUCUAGGGGACCGAAAGCAAUGGAUGUCGAGCGGGUCUAACAUGAUACUGUGAAAGUUCAAUCCAUAGUGGCUCCAACACAGCCGCGAGAGUUCAGUUCAAAGCGGAUCCAAGACAGCAGCGAGAGUCCCGUCCACAGGAAACCAUCUCAAGCGGAUCAGCAGCGUAGAGAUGUCCCCAACCGAUACAGGCGAGCGGUCCAUCCUGGGUCCCGACGAGCGGUCCAUCCUGGGUCUCGACUCUGGACAGCCAGUACUUCAUCCAUGGUCAUCGGACCGGACCCCCUCCACAAGGGAGGGGGGGAUAUAGGAGAAAGAAAAGAAGCGGCAGAUCAACUGGUCUAAAAAGGAGGUCUAUUUAAAGGCUAGAGUAUACAGAUGAGUUUUAAGGUGAGACUUAAAUGCUUCUACUGAGGUAGCAUCUCGAACUGUUACCGGUUAACAUUAUGAUUGUAACCAGGAAUAAUAAUUCAAGUAACAAUAUGUAAAUACUAACAUUGUUGGGUAAGACAGAAUUUGGUUUUAUUCUGAAUCUAGAAUAGAAUGGAAUUUAUUGUCAUUAUAUUUGCAUAUAACGAGAUUAAAGACUCCAACUCAAGGUGCACCUGUAGCGCCUGCCUGAUGGUAGCCAGGGUGUGUCCCGUCUUUGGUGAUGCUUUUUGCUUUCUUGAGGCAACGGGAGUCGUGUAAAUCCCUUCAGGGAGGGCAGGGGACAGCCAAUGAUUGUUUGUGCAGACUUUAUGACCCCCUGAAUCGCCUGUUUUGUCUGCUUCAGUGCAGCUGGCGUACCACACUGUUAUGCAGUACGUCAGCAGGCUCUCGACAGCCGAGCGAUAGAAAGUCACCAUCAGCGGUCUCUCCAGUCUCUUUUUCGUCAGCACCCUCAGGAAGUGGAGUCCCCGCUGUUGUAUUUUGGGUCCAGGACAGGUCAGCAGAUAUGAGGGUGCAGAGGAACUUGACCGAGUUGACUCUCUCCAGCUCCUCGCCGUUGAUGUAGAGGGGGGCGGGGUCUGCAGUGUUUUUCCUGAAGUCAAAGAUGAGUUCUUUGGUGUUUGUGGUGUUUAGUGCCAGAUUAUUCACUGAACUGAACUGAAUCUAGUAAAACCGAUUGGUUGUUUUAGCUGAUAUAAAGACUUUCAGGUGUUUAUAGAUGUUUAAGUAUUUGGCUUUUAUUCAAAGCGACAUAAAUUAAUAAAAAAUACUUAUAAAAAGUCACUGUAAACAUGAUAAUUUAAGGGAAGAAUGUAAUACAAAAUAUCAAUAAAAAGUGUCAAGACGGAAUAAACUCUGCUGCUGCAGCAACAGAGAUACAGUUUAUAAGAUGUAUAGAUAUCUAUUGUAUUCAUACAUUGUUUACGUAGGAUAUACGCAUGUAUAUAUAACCUAAUGAUAUUGUUUCUUUAACUUAAAAAUAGCUGACCGUUUUUUCCAUUUUCUCUUUUUUUUCCAUUUUCCAUUUUCUCUUGGUUUAUAUUGGAUUAUAUUGCCAGUCUCCCUUAGAGAUAGGGUGAGAAGCUCUGCCAUCCGGGAGGAACUCAAAGUAAAGCCGCUGCUCCUCCACAUGGAGAGGAGCCAGAUGAGGUGGUUCGGGCAUCUGGUCAGGAUGCCACCCGAACGCCUCCCUAGGGAGGUGUUUAGGGCACGUCCAACCCGUAGUAGGCCACGGGGAAGACCCAGGACACGUUGGGAAGACUAUGUCUCCCGGCUGGCCUGGGAACGCCUCGGGAUCCCCCGGGAAGAGCUAGACGAAGUGGCUGGAGAUAGGGAAGUCUGGGCUUCCCUGCUUAGGCUGCUGCCCCCGCGACCCGACCUCGGAUAAGCAGAAGAUGAUGGAUGGAUGGAUGGAUAUAUUGCUAGUUUUGAUCUCGGACAUCUGGUCACUUAUAGCAGCGGUUCUCAACGUUUUUUCAGUGAUGUACCCCCUGUGAACAUUUUUUUUUUAAUUCAAGCACCCCCUAAUCAGAGCAAAGAAGAGAUAAAAAAGUAAAAUACAGCACCGUGUCAUCAGUUUCUGAUUUAUUAAAUUGUAUAAAUUGUAGUGGUCUUUCUUGAACUAUUGGGGGAAAAAGAUAUAAAAAUAACUAAAAACUUGUUGAAAAAUAAACAAUUGAUUUAAUUAUAAAUAAAGAUUUCUACACGUAGAAGUAAUCAUCAACUUCAAGUGCCCUCUUUGGGGAUUGUAAUAGAGAUCCAUUUUCUUCACACAAAAAAAGGAUCUUUAACAUCAAUAUUUAUCAAUCAAUCAAUGUUUACUUAUAUAGCCCUAAAUCACUAGUGUCUCAAAGGGCUGCACAAACCACCACGACAUCCUCGGUAGGCCCACAUAAGGGCAAGGAAAACUCACACCCAGUGGGACGUCGGUGACAAUGAUGACUAUGAGAACCUUGGAGAGGAGGAAAGCAAUGGAUGUCGAGCGGGUCUAACAUGAUACUGUGAAAGUUCAAUCCACAAUGGAUCCAACACAGUCGCGAGAGUCCAGUCCAAAGCGGAUCCAACACAGCAGCGAGAGUCCCGUUCACAGCGGAGCCAGCAGGAAACCAUCCCAAGCGGAGGCGGAUCAGCAGCGCAGAGAUGUCCCCAGCCGAUACACAGGCGAGCAGUACAUGGCCACCGGAUCGGACCGGACCCCCUCCACAAGGGAGAGUGGGACAUAGAAGAAAAAGAAAAGAAAAGAAACGGCAGAUCAACUGGUCUAAAAAGGGAGUCUAUUUAAAGGCUAGAGUAUACAAAUGAGUUUUAAGGUGAGACUUAAAUGCUUCUACUGCAUUUAUGGAACAUGUCCACAAAAAAAUCUUGUUGAAGUAUUAUUCAAUAAAUAUACUUAUAAAGGAUUUUUGAAUUGUUGCUAUUUUUAGAAUAUUUUUGAUAAAUCUCACGUACCCCUUGGCAUACCUUCAAGUACCCCCAUUUGAGAACCACUGACUUAUAGCAUAUAAGAAUAUUCUAUUACUUUUAAGCAAACUAUGAAUAAUAAAACAUGUGUCCUUCAUCAUAGGUACACGUAUGACAAAAAUACGCGUGGAAAUCAGUGGUAUUCAGUGAGGUAAAAUUAAUUAAAUACGGUCCUUCGGAAUGAAUUGCACUGAGUGGAGCGGAUCACCACUCCAAGAUGGUGGCCCCGCGUCUCGUCAGCGCCAGUAGGCAGUAGCGCUCGAUGCUGCGUCAACUUAUAAGUAUUGUCUACGGUCAAUACACUUAAUUAUGCACACUGCAUAAUUAUUUACAUAAUUAACAAUUGUUUUAAGAAUGUUGAAUGUAACGUCGUCCCAAAUUCUUUUACUGUCAAAAACGAAGAUCAUUUUAUUAAACUAGAUGAGUCCAUUCCUGAAGGAAUUACGUGUG